AUGGCGGCUAACUUGAACUCAGAGUUUUGGCGUCGCAUCAAUGAUCUCAAAAUACAACUACAGUCUUUGUACAGAAUUGAGGGAUUCCAACUGAAUGAUGAAGAGUCUCACGCGAAAAAUAUUGUGAAACCAAAGAUUUUAUCCAGAGAUGAAGUUAUCACUAAACUGGAGGAUGUUAUUCUGACAAUUGUUCAGGAUCUCUCACAAGAAAAGCCACCAUCUAUAAAAUACAACUCCAGAAAUUCUUGGAAAAACACAAGGUUUGCUGAUAAUCUCCUUGAGUUCAGGAAAGUGUAUUCUGUUGUUCUGAGCUGUUGUUUUCUCCCAUACAGGUUCAACAGUGCAGUUGGAAUUGAAAUGAUUGAUAAUAUCAACAAAACAGAACACAGAUUUGAUUCCAUGGCAUCGGUUGGAAAGUUUGCUGCCACAUUACAGAUCAUAGCAUUUUGUUACAGACUUCUUCAACAAGACACAUACGCAACAAAACGGGACAUUUAUUAUUCUGAUGUGCCAUUCUUUGGAAAUCAGGGUGUUGUGGAUUCUGUUGUAGACAAUCUUGCCUGCAUGUUAAAAGUACCGAGAUAUUGUUUACAUGUGCUUGCAGCUUCUAAAGGUUGUAUAGCUGGAGACCUGAGGUACAAAGAACACGAUGGAACUCAUGUGGACUGCAUGGAUAAAAUCUCGGGUACAAUGGUUUCCUCUCACGUGCAGGGAAUAUACGAUAUGCAUUCAGAUGCCAAGUUUGUGUUAGUUGUUGAAAAAGAGGCUUCCUUCCAACGACUUAUGGACGACAAUGUACUACAGAAGCUAAAUCCAUGUAUUGUCAUCACCGGUAAAGGCUUCCCGGAUGUAAAUACCCGUAUGAUGGUCCGUUGCCUGUGGAGCACUCUUCAAAUACCCAUCUUAGCCCUGGUGGAUGCGGACCCUCAUGGUAUCGAGAUUCUCAGUGUGUACAAGUUUGGUUCAAAGGCUCUCUCGUUUGACGCACACAGUUUGACAGUUCCUGUUAUUAAGUGGCUUGGUGUGUUACCCAGUGACAUCAACAGGCUAUCCAUACCACGCGAUAAACUGAUACCGCUCACCGAUGGAGACAAAUGCAAGGCGCGUCAGCUUCUUGAAAGACCUUACAUUAAAUCACAAGAUGCCUGGUUACAAGAGAUCGACUCCAUGUUAUCGCUGGGAUACAAGGCAGAAAUUCAAGCUCUUUCUUCCAUCUCCUUUGACUUUCUUACAGUUACUUAUCUCCCAGUAAAGAUUAAACAUGGCAGGUGGAUCUGACGCGACAAACAUUUACCUGGCCAGGCUAGCUUUCCAACUUAUAUAUAUUCUGUACAAAAGUAGCUUGUAAAAUCAAACAUUUCGUCUACGAUCUCUCAGUAACGGCGUAUCUUUGCAAAUUCUCGUAGUACCCGACAUUAAUUUAAGGACCAAACCAAAUCGGAAGAAAAUGUCAAGUUUUGUGUCGACACACCAGUUGAUCAAAUCCCGUUGACUGAUCAGUCUGAAAAGAAAGCCAGGAAAACGAAGGCUUUUUCCGUGACUAAUCAGUCCAGGUUGCCUUUGUUUCUGUCUCAAAACGAGGCCUCCUGGUCUCGUUUUGAAACAGUGGCAAAAGGCAACUCGGAUGUGCCUGGUACCUUGAGUAUCAUCGAGGUGGCGUGUAAGGUUUUGGACAGAUCGUGCUUUAUUCUGACUUGACCAUUAAAAUCGGCACUUGCUCAAUACCUUGGCGAUGUUUUGGCAAAACAACGCUUGGUCUACCAAAUGAGGAGUAGUUUUACUAUGACAAUAUUCUUUUCAGAAUUUCACCUCUAAGUAACAUUCCAAUUCCGUCUACAAAUGCAGUAUAUUGAAAAAAAAAAUUAAACAAUUAAGUCAAUUGUAAAAGAUCUCACUGUCGUGUUUUAAAGUGUAAUUUGGAAGUGUUGUAUCCCUUUGCACUGUACAAGACGCCCUCUGGGUUGUAAUGUACUAAAAUAAAAAGUUAUAUCCAGCUGAGUCUCGUGAUAAUUCUUAGUUCUACAUUUUGUGACUGCCAAUCCUUACAUUUCCCUCGCUAUCAUCUCUACUCCUCUUCAAAGGUCAACAGAGGAUUACUGAUAAGACAUUUUAGAGUGCAGACGCACAUU